GCCGGCCAAGGCCCCCGGUCCUCGGCCGCAGCGCUCGGCUCGGCUCGGCUCGGCUCGCGGCGGCCCAAGAUGUCGACGAAGAAUUUCCGCGUGAGCGACGGGGACUGGAUCUGCCCGGACAAGAAGUGUGGAAAUGUCAAUUUUGCCAGAAGAACCAGUUGUAACAGAUGUGGUAGAGAAAAAACAACUGAAGCCAAAAUGAUGAAAGCUGGAGGGACUGAAAUAGGAAAGACACUUGCUGAAAAGAGUCGUGGCCUCUUCAGUGCUAAUGACUGGCAGUGUAAAACAUGUGGUAAUGUGAACUGGGCCAGAAGAUCAGAAUGCAAUAUGUGUAACACUCCUAAGUAUGCUAAACUGGAGGAAAGGACAGGAUAUGGAGGAGGAUUUAAUGAACGAGAGAAUGUUGAAUAUAUAGAACGUGAAGAAUCAGAUGGAGAGUAUGAUGAGUUUGGUCGCAAAAAGAAAAAGUAUAGAGGGAAGCCGGUUGGUCCUGCAUCUAUUCUGAAAGAAGUAGAAGAUAAAGAAUCUGAAGGGGAAGAUGAGGAGGAUGAGGAUGAAGAUCUUUCCAAAUACAAAUUGGAUGAGGAUGAGGAUGAAGAUGAUGCUGACCUUUCAAAAUAUAAUCUUGAUGCUAGUGAGGAAGAGGACACUAAUAAGAAAAAGAAAUCCAAUAGGCGCAGUCGUUCUAAGUCUCGAUCUUCCCACUCACGAUCUUCAUCACGCUCAUCCUCCCAUUCAAGCUCAAGGUCUAGGUCCAGGUCCCAUUCAAGAAGUUCUUCCAGUUCCAGAUCAAGAUCUCGCUCCAGCUCCAGAGAACAUUCUAGAUCUCGUGGGUCGAAAUCAAGAUCCAGCUCCAGGUCCUACAGGGGGUCUUCAACCCCAAGAAAAAGAUCUUACUCAAGCUCUCGUUCAUCAUCUUCCCCUGAGAGAAGCAAGAAGCGAAGUCGUUCUAGAUCUUCUUCAUCUGGUGAUCGCAAAAAAAGACGAUCGAGAUCACGGUCACCCGAAAGACGCCGCAGAUCGUCAUCUGGAUCUUCCCAUUCUGGUUCCCGUACAAGUUCUAAAAAGAAAUAAUGUAUUAAAAUUCACAUUUAAAAAAAAAAAAAAAUCCAGUCAGUGCAUGAGACAUAUUUUUAAGAAGUUGGUGUCUUACUUGGUCAGAAGUGCUGAAUCUGCUAGUAGAGGUGCAUGUCUGUCCUUGCUUUCAGGAAAAUUGCAGCUUUGUUCAUUCACAAAACAAAAGUGAAGUAGCAUUUUAAGCCAUAAACUCCCCAGAGGAGGUGUGAAGUUUUAUUGUUUGAGUAAGGGGGUUUUUUAUUAUUUUUAAAGACUCGGUUACUCCAUUCCUGGCUCAUCCAUGUAUGAGCAGACAUAGGUUGGAUCUGUAGUUCUAAUAUGACUAUACUCUUUAUGUGGCAGUUACAAAAGUAUAUGAGGAUAUGGGGGAAACCCAUAAACUUUCUGUAUCCAACUCCUGAGCUUCUUUAAUGUACCUCUUAUGGGACCACAAAAGAUUAAUGUAGCUGUAGGGCUAAUAUUACCCAUAGGAUUACAGUAGUAAGUUUUGAAGCUUUUUUUUUUUCCUAUGUUGAAGUAAAAAUAUAGCUGAAUGUCGUCCCCCCCCCCUUUUUUUUCUUUUUAGCCAGGUUUAGUGCAGAAUAGCUGUUAAAUAUCCAGUCUAUCAUAAGAUUCUGUAGAGAGUGAUUUAGACUUUGUUCCUUCAGUGUGAGGACUUUGGGGUCGUUGGGCACUAGCCUCUCCAUUGCUCAGAUCUUACAGCUGCCAGUGCCUAUUGCUGUAUUUGUUGCAGUCAGCCAAGUGUACUUGCUGCAGUGGCGUACUGGGUACAGUAUUUUCACAUGCAUGGAUCCUGGAUUUAGUGAUCCUUUCUUAUAAAAGGAUCAUUUAAGAACUACUCUUGAGGUGGAGAAAUACAGAACUAGUUCUUGGAAUCAAAUGAAGUUUAUGCAGGCCAUCUGUAAAAUUAAUUUUAGGCUGACCAAAAUUUUCAAGGUAUCUGAAUUUUCUUUAUAUUUAAAAAUUAAAAAUAAUAAACUGUAGAAAGUUCUGACAUCUUAAAUGUGUCAGUGAUUCUUGUCCCUCAGACCUGUAUAAUUUAUGGCUUAAAAUGCUUUAUGGACUUCAGCAAUACCACAUUAAAACUUGGUCACUCUUGAGCUCCGUUUGGUUAAGACAGGUUUAAGUAUCUUCACUGCCAUCACAAGGUAAGUAUGUUAAAGAAAACUCUUCUUUUUAAGCCAACAAAGAGCAAUAUCUGUAAUUAUUUCAAUAGUAAAAUUCCCAAACCCUUAUUUCCUAGCUACUUUUGUAAAAUGAAAGGCACAAAACAAACGGAGCAAAAUUAAAUUCUGCCUUUUUUUUUUUCUUUAAGAAACAAAUUUCUUUGAAUUGAUAUGUAAGCAAAGUGGGUUUGGUGAAGAAAUAUUUGAUAAUCUUGCAGAAAACACCCUGCAAUUUCUUCUUUAGUGUUUUCUUUUAUAUCUAAUUUCCUUGCUAACUAUGUGUAGGUUGCACAAGAACAGGUUAGUCUUGUAACUGUGCCUCUGACUUUAAAAGUCCAUCUACUAAAUUGUAAAAAUCAGACCUAAUAGAUGCUAUGUUGUUACCUUUUGUUUUUUCCUUUGUGCUUUGUAAUAGAUUGUUGCUGUACUUAACAGAUGGAAGUUUUUAAAUUUAACAAAUGGUAGGCUACAGACAAAGGAAAAUUAUGGUUUCAUUUGGCUUAGAUGAAAUGUAAGACAAAACGAAUCUGUAGACGAGUGUAAAUAAAGCCUGUGAGUCAA